AAGGAAGGAGGCAUUCCACUUUUCCCUUAUGGAGCAAGCCUUCUCACACAUGUAGCGGGAUUUGCAGCUGUCUGUGCCACCAUGUCUUUUAUUAAAGCCAUUUUUAAGUUGCUCGUGUUGGCCUCCGUCGGCGUCCUGGUUGUGUUGGUGCUUCAGAACUGGAUGGCCACAAAGGACUAUGUUUUUAAUAGAGACGAUAUUGCCAAGUUGGUCAAACAGUAUGCAGGGCAGGAUCAUGAACACGCCUUCACCAAAGUGGUGGUGGAGCUUAGGAAAAGAUAUCCCGGCCGCAUCCUGCCUGAUGAAGACUUGCAGUGGAUUUUUGUUAAUGCAGGAGGCUGGAUGGGCUCCAUGUGUCUUCUUCACGCCUCUUUGACAGAAUACUUGCUGCUGUUUGGCACUGCAGUGGACACAAGCGGACAUUCAGGUCGAUACUUAGUUGAGAUUUCUGACACUAUCAUCUCAGGCACUUUCAGGCAGUGGAAGGAAGGAACUACCAAAAGUGAAAUAUACUAUCCUGUCUUUCUUCUCCCUCAACAGGUGACACCAUUGUUCAUAAAGUGGGUGACGCCACAGCUGUGCAGUGGACUGCUGGGACUUGGAUGGUGGAGUAUGGCAAAGGUUUCAUCCCAUCCACCCUGGGCUUUGCUCUGGCAGACACCCUGUUCAGCACCCAGGACUUCCUGACAAUGUUCUACGUUGUACGUGUUUACAUGAAGGCCCUUCUGAUGGAGGCGGGCACGCUGCUUACAGAAGCUGGAGUUUUCUGAGGCUAGAUGACAUCAAAACAUCGUUUUGUUACCAAGUAAAUAAAUUCUGACAUGGUCGAUGCCUCUCUGCCUACAACUCCAUGUGCAAAGAAUUGUUUUAAAAUCCAGAUUGCACUAGUAUGUAAAAUUCAUCUGUCUUAAAAAAGUUGCAUUUAGUUUUAUCACAGAUAUGAUCAUUUCUUUUAAAAUUUAGUGUCUGAUCGAAUUUGAAUUAAUUUUUGAAAUACUUAAAACGUCCAUGAAACACUUAAUGGUGAUUCAAACUCCAUCUCACUGCUCAGAGGCAGGAAGGCUCUGCAUCACUUUCUGUUCAGUAAAUUAUUUAGGCUCAAGCUGAUUUCAGUCCCUAUAAAUGUCUUUAACGUCAGUUUAGAAUCUGUCUGAAAUAACUGAGCAGCAAGUUAGUUUAUCCUCACCCAAGCUCGGGUCCUCUACCAGAGUAGGCAGUGUGUGUGUGUAGCUGUUUAAUGCCUGGGUCUUGUUCUUGCCAUUGAGCUGGUUCUCAGGACUUGUCUUACUCAGUGGAGGUAUUUGGUUGUUGCAGCUUUCCAGAUUGCCUAGGCCUGUGAAAUUCCGAGGUACUUGUAACAAUUUGUUCAUAAAAAAUAGGCAUACAGACUAUCUGGAAAUGAGAUGGUUAAUAAAUUAAUUCUACAUUUAGGUGAAAAGCUAACUUGCAAAACCCAGCAUUCACAAACAUUUUGGUUACUCCUCAGUACCAAAUAUAAGUUUCUUCAUCGACAGAAGACUCAACCGCACUAAUUCUUUUUUUAGUUUGAUUUUUUUUCUUUAAGUAUUCUUCCAAAUUCAGGUUGAGUGUUUGUAUAAUGGUCCAUCUUUGAGAGAAAACCAGCAUUUUUUCUAUUGAUUCUAUUGAUGUGCAGUUCAUGUUUGGAGAAGAGAAUGGGAUGAAACACUUCUAUUCUUCACUAUAAACCUGUGCUGUUUGUUUUCUACAGAAUAGUGUCUAAUUAAAAACUAUGCUAUAGUGGUUGGGAGCUGAUGAUUGACAGGAAUGACUUGAUAACUAAUUUUCUAUCGCUAUGUGAAUUUAUGUUUAUUAUAAGGUGGAAGAGGAGAACAAUUGUAUAUCUGUCCACAUUUCUUGGUUUUUCAAAUGUAAUUUAAGUAUUUUACUUUUUAUCAUUCUGACCAAAAAACUCUGCAGUAUUACUUUUAGUGGUUAAUAUCCCCUUUUUUUAUAGAUAUCUUAAACCCAAAGGCACUGUAACUGUUAAAUGAUGGUCAUGGAGAUCAUACUCCCUUUGGCUGAUAAUUAUUGAAGACUGACAAUGCCAAAAAAUAAAGUUUUUUUUUCUUGGUA